GGACAGAGGGACCGAGGACCGAGAGGCUUUUACCGGGUGGUGACCGCAGAGUGACCGGGGACGGCCGCGGUCAGCAGGUGGCAGCAGCGAGCUUUGUACCGAGCACACACCGCCGCCGCUCCGUUCCCCGCCUCCCCUAUCCCGGAGUACAUGAUGGCCAGUGUACCGGUGGUAUCCGCUGCCGCUGCUCCGCUCCCGGCUGCUCCAGUGCUCCUGUGAUGGUGCAGAGACGAAACACCGGCUGCAGUGCUUCACACGACAGCUAGCCUCCGAGGAGGCGAGUCCCAAUGCCAUGGCCUCCAGCCACGGCUCCUCCCCAGUGCCUCGUCCCGGUGUCGGAGGCCGAGAUGGGAUCUAUCACAAGGAGCGGGAUCCCUCCUCCCCUCGCUGCCGCCGGCCCGUCCGCUCCCUGCCUGACGUCUGCCCCAAGGAGCCCACGGGUGAGGGGCGGGGCCUGUGCGACGGCCCGUCAGUGGUGGCGGAGCACGACAGGUGGACGGUGUACAGCUCCAAGGUCAACCUGCCCGCCGCGCUGAACGACCCCCGGCUCGCCAAGCGGGAGUCCGACUUCUUCACCAAGACGUGGGGGCUGGACUUCGCGGAGACAGAGGUGAUGCCCUCCUUCUACCUCCCCAACAUCACCAGGGAACACUUCGGGCCCUACCUGCAGGAGACGGCUCAGAGGGAAAAAAUCCACGAGCGCUGCAAGACGAUCUGUCCGAACAAAGACGACGUGGACGCCGUCUCCAGUAUCACCACCAACCACGACAAAUCCAGAGCGGAGCUGGAACAAGUCCCAAAGAUCUUCUUGAAGCCUGACUUUGCUCUGGAGGACCCGGCCACCUUCAACGCCGUCCUGCCCUGGUCGCACUUCAACAGCGCCGGAGGGAAGAGCAGCAGAGACGUGGCCUCCUCCAAGCUGCUGCAGGAGAAGCUGAGUCACUACCUGGACGUGGUGGAGGUGAGCAUCGCCCGGCAGAUCUCGCUGCGCUCCGAGGCGUUCUUUCACGCCAUGUCGUCGCAGCACGAGCUGCAGGACCAGCUGCAGGAGACGCAGCGGGCCGUCGCCGUCCUGCGGGGUCGCACCGCCGACAUGGAUCGCAUCAUGUGCCAGGGGCCCCUGCGGGCCCUCCGCACCGCUCUGGCCCGCAACAACUGCGUGAAGCUGCACAACAAGCUGAAGCUGAUGGCGGCCGUGCACCAGACGCAGCCCACCGUGCAGCUGCUGCUCUCCACCUCCGAGUUCGUGGGAGCGCUGGAGCUCAUCGCCACCACCAAGGAGGUGCUGCAGCAGGAGCUGCAGGGGAUCCACAGCUUCAGACAUCUGGGCUCCCAGCUGUGCGAGCUGGAGAAGCUGAUUGACAAGAUGAUGGUGGAGGACUUCAGCAUGUACGCCCGGAGCGACCUGAGCCGCUGCCUGAGGGACGAGCCGCAGGUCCUGGAGAAGGUCAAACCAAACGCCGUCUCCCAAAAGGAGCGCCUGGAGUCGCUGGUGUUCGGCCUGCUGAGGCAGAGGAAGCUGGACUUUCUGGAUAUUUACAGCGAUGAGAUGAUCUUGGCGGCGAAGGCCAUCGUCGCUCAGUGUGUGGCAGAAAGUGUUUUGCACAUAGAAGAAAUUGACACUGAAGUCGUCACUAAGCUAGCUGACCAGAUGCGUCUGAUGACGUUCCCUCAGUGGUUUGAGGUGCUGAAAAACGUCUUUGAGAGUUUCCUCCUCUUCCUGCAGAGGAUCAAGGCCACUCUGAGCGUGAUCGGAAACGUGGUUCUGGAAGUUCUGGACUCAAAUCAGAAGAACCGGCUCCUGGAGGAGGCGGGUUCAGGUGCUUCAGGUCAGGAAUCUUCCCAGGGCUCGUCGCUCCUGCAGGGCGAGGCCGAGCUGGCCUACCUGACCCACGAGGGUCUGUUCAUCAGCGACGCUCUGAACGAGGCGCAGCAGCAGCAGCAGGCCGCGGCCCAGGACCAGAGCUCCGCCGCGGGCUCCAGGGUCCAGCAGGGCCGGGCGGAGGCGGCCGGCUGUGACUCGGCCUCAGAGAGCUUCGUCGGCAGGGACCAGAACUUCAUCUCCGGCGAGAACAUGAUGCCCACUGAGCUGGAGAUGAACCGUGUGAUCAACAACAGCCAGGAGCUGCUGUACACGGCGUCCGACGUCAGCCACGACCGCUGCGUCAAGGUCCUCACCGCCAGAGCAAAGGACGGAUCUCUGGAGCGUCUGAACUCGGCCGAGUUCGUGUGUCUGUCUCAGGCGGUGGAGGGCUUCGUCAGGGACACGGAGGAGCUGUGCGGCAGGCGCAGCGUCUCCCUGAGGGGGGCGCUGCAGAGCCAGGCCAACCGCUUCGUCCACCGCUUCCACGAAGAGCGCAAGACCAAACUCAGCCUCCUCCUGGACAACGAGCGCUGGAAACAGGCGGAGGUUCCCGCCGAGUUUCAGGACCUGGUCAACUCCAUCGCUGACGGCAGGAUAACACUACCAGAGCGCAAAACCCCAGGUCCAGAAGACAGGAAGCCGACAGAGUUUCUGCUCGUCAACGGGCAAAAAUACGCCGUCGUCGGGACGGUUCUGCUGCUGAUCCGGAUGUUUCUGGAGUACUGUCACUGCGUCAACGACAUCCCGUCGAUCGCCACCGACAUGUUGACACGUCUGUCGGAUCUCCUCAAGCACUUCAACUCUCGGAGCUGCCAGCUGGUUCUGGGAGCCGGAGCGCUGCAGGUCGUCGGCCUCAAGACCAUCACCACUAAAAACCUCGCAUUAGCUUCCCGCUGCCUGCAGCUGGUGGUUCACUACAUUCCCAUCAUCAGAGCUCACUUUGAGACCAAGCUGCAGCCCAAACAGUUCAGCGUGCUCAGACACUUCGACCACAUCACCAAGGACUACAACGACCACAUAGCAGAGAUCUCUGCUAAACUGGUGGCCAUCAUGGACAGUCUGUUUGAGAAGGUUUUAUCAAAGUAUGAAGUGAAGGCUCCGAUGCCGUCGGCCUGUUUCAGGAACGUCUGUAAACAGAUGGCGAAGAUGCACGAAGCCAUUUACGAGCUUUUACCUGAAGAACAGACUCAGAUGUUGUUCCUGAGGAUCAACGCCAGUUUUAAAAUGCACCUGAAGAGGCAGCUGGCCCGACUCGGGGUCGUUAACGAUGGAGGACCGCAGCACGGGCUGGUGGUGGUGGACGUCGCCUUCUACACGGAGAACGUUCAGGCGCUGAGGAGCCUCGAGCGGCUCGACCUCAACAUGGCUGAGAUCUGGGAGCAGAAGAGGUGAUGGAGGGGGGGCGGAGCCAGACGUCCAGGACCGACCAACUGACCGACUCGGUGACGCAGGGGCCGACCCUCCUGGGGGGGAGGGGCGAACUGCGCCCAGGCUGAGGGUGGAGGAAGCCCGGAGGGACCAAAAAAAAAAAAAAAACUCAAACUGGAGAAGAAGAGCGGCAGAAACACGCCGGGGCUUCCUUCCACCUUAAAAGACUUCACCCAGUAACACACAGCGCCUCCUUAAAAACUGCUGCCACCUCAUCUCACUGUGCAAUUCAACAGGAAGUAGUAAAUUAUUAGAGAUGGUUUUAUUGGAGGUGAUGGGGUAAUUUAUUUUUCUGUCGUCUCAUCUGUGGCGGACGUUUUUUCUCCGGCGCCACGGCAACGACGGAGCUGAAGGGAAUUUUUAACAUCGACGACACUGAGGCCGAGUUUUCCCGCCGAGGAUUCAGGGCUCAAGGGAUGAAAUGAAUCGUCAUGGAAACGUUUUCCCUCCUUCCUGCUCCGACAGAAUCAUCAGGGUUUCCUCACAUUUAUUUUUUGUUGUUUGUUUGUUUUUUUCCCGAUCCUCAUUCAGCAGCUGAUUUUUGUUUGAGUCACCAUGGCGACGCAGAAAAUUUCAAUCUGACAUUUUUAUACGUGAAGCGGGAAAAUGUUUCCGACCCUGGAGGAACCCUGACGCAGCAGGAGAGAGCACAAAGGUGGAAUUGAAGAGUUCACUUCCUGAAAUGUUUCGAUCAACACAAUCCAGACUGUGAACGCAUCACAAACCCCUCAGCCACAUCCUGUUGUUACCAAAGUAAAACACCUUCUAAUCCGGGAAUUCAACUCUUCAAUUGCAUUUCCUCCCUUUAAUCAGUCCGAUCCUGCAGCAAGUGAAGACCCACAGACGAAGGGGACGUGUUGUUUUUGUUUUUAUAAUUGCAGAACAUGAAGCAUGAAUAUCAGCUGUUAAACUACUGUUGACCCUCUCCCUCCUACUGUACUUUAAUUUCAUCUGCAUGAGCUUUUUGUUUCCUCGAGGCUGAAACGACACGACGGAGCAGAAAAUCUGAUUUAGCUUCUUUUUAUUUUUUAUUUUAUUUUAUUUUGAAGAGGAAACGAAACUCUCAGGAUGUUUCUUCCUCUGUGAGACGAUCAGUCAAAGCUGCACAAGGUGACGUUUUAUUGUGACAGUUACUUUCUCAUUAAUCAAACUUCCUGUUUUGGUUCGACCAAAAAUAAAUUCACAAAUCUUUAUUAAAAAAACGAUCGUAACCUCUGACCUCACGCUGCUGCUUCCAGCUCCUCGAGUUAGAACAGAGUCACAUGACUGAGUCAGAUAAACUUCUUCUGCUUUGUCUCUGCUAAUUUCAAAAUAAAACGCCAUCGAACACACAGAGCGCUCAGUUGUAAACGAGCAGAUGAUGUAACGCAGGAUCAUUAACGGACGUGUUUAUAUUUACCACUGUGCGGUUCAGCUUUCUGUACUUAAACACAGACGUCCGACAUUUAUGAGGAACACCUCAAACGCACCAUCAGACAGGUGAGCUGUGGUUAGGUGUAGCAGAGAUAACUGGUUAAAGGAAACACGGCGCUGGCGAGAUGAAAGGCGUCAUCACAGGUGUCGUGUGUUUUUUUUUUUUUUAUCACCUCCACCCUCAAACCGGUGCUGAAACCAGUUCUGUGCUGGUGUGGUUUCGGAGUUUGAUUGGCUGCUCCGUCACUCACCUGUGAUGUUUUUGAAGUUACACAGGGGUGUAGUGACUGCAGCCAACUCCCAGUGAAGCUCCGCCCACCUGAACUCACCUGUUCCUGCCUCACCUGGUGCCAGAGUGCAGCGUUCUUUAUAAAAAAUAAAAUCAGAUUUUCUGUUCCUGAGUGACGUCCAGCUGCUCUGAGCUCCAACCAAACAAACACAUCUGUCCAGCUGUGGUCUCAUCACCUCCACCUGUACAGCAGAGGCCAGGUGAGUCACUACAGAAUAACACCUUUAACAGUCAACCGAUGAGUUAAAUUGCUGCAGCCGUCCUGGGACAGAUGUGCCCGGGUGAGUCCUGUACGAACAGGUGAGCCGGUCUGUACAGGUGUGAUGAGACCGCAGCGUCGACUUCCUGUCCGAGACUCACCUGAGAACAAAAAGCUUCAGAAGUGCCUCCUUUUGAUCGACUGUCAGAGACGACACAUCUGAGCUCUCCACUACAGUGUGCCUACCAUACCACUGUGUGUGUGUGUGUGUGUGUGUGUGUGUGUUGUGUGUGCCUGUGUGUGAUAGAAAGAGAGUGUGUGUGUGUGUGUGUGUGAGAGUGUGUGUGUGUGUGAGAGAG